AUCGGUCGCGUCAGAACGAGAGCAUGGUAUUGCCUUGCUCACGGAAGCCAUCAAGUUGGCACCGGACAAGGCGAUACUUUAUGCACUUCGGGCGAAGGCUCUCGCUCACAAUGAUAUGCUACAACGGGCGCUCUUGGAUUUCUCUAUGGCGAUUCGGUUGGAGCCGGCAGUGGCUAAGCAUUACGGAUCUAGGGGGGAUUGCUUUGCAAGGCUUGAGAGAUGGACCGAUGCGUUGGGGGAUUAUACGGAGGCGAUGCGACAUGAUAAGGAUAGCGGACGAUAUGUGUUUGACAGAGCAAGGGUAGUAAUGGUGUUAUCGAAGGGCAGUUACGUUUGGUGCGGUAUGGAGAGUUGA